AAUGGCUUAUUCUCACCAUGAAUCACCGGAGACCUUAACCCCACUCUUAGAAGACGACGUCGUCGACGGCGCCGCUGACUACAAAGGCCUUCCGGCCCGCCGAUCCACCUCCGGCGGUUGGCGCUCCGCUUCCUUCAUAAUAGGUGUGGAAGUUGCGGAGAGGUUCGCCUACUACGGAAUCAGCUCCAAUCUGAUAACGUUUCUGACGGGGCCGUUGGGGCAGUCGACGGCCACGGCGGCGGAGAAUGUGAACAUAUGGUCUGGAACGGCGUCGUUGCUUCCUCUAUUGGGAUCGGUCGUCGCCGAUUCCUUCCUCGGUCGCUACCGCACCAUUAUUGCCGCUUCUCUCCUCUACAUUUUGGGACUUGGCUUGUUGACCCUGUCGGCCAUGAUUCCUUCUUCUCAGCUUCAAGUACUGUUAUUCUUCUUCUCUCUAUAUCUAGUAGCAUUUGGGCAAGGUGGGCACAAGCCUUGUGUUCAGGCUUUUGGGGCAGAUCAGUUUGAUGGACAAGAUCCAGAGGAGUGCAAGGCGAAAAGCUCAUUCUUCAAUUGGUGGUACUUUGGUGUCUGUGCAGGCGGGCUAUUCACAGUCUCGGUAUUGGCCUACAUACAGGACAAUCUAAGCUGGGGUCUGGGUUUUGGAAUUCCUUGUGUUGUGAUGAUCCUUGCACUGAUUAUUUUUGUUGGUGGAACUAGAACAUACCGGUAUAGCAUCAAAGGGGAGGAGGAAAGUCCAUUUGUGAGAAUCAGCAAAGUUUUUGUUGCUGCAUUAGGGAACUGGCGCACUAGUCCUUCAGCAAUAGCUUCUGAAGAGGAAUCCCGUGGAACCUUGCCUCAUCAAAGUUCUGAACAAUACAAGUUCCUCAACAAAGCCUUGCUCGCGCCAGAUGAUUUGAUGAAAAAUGGGAAAAUGUGUACCAUCGCUGAGGUUGAGGAAGCAAAGGCUGUUCUUAGGCUGUUCCCAAUAUGGGCAACAUGCUUGGUAUACGGUACUGUAUUUGCACAGUCCACUACUUUCUUCACCAAGCAAGGUGCUACAAUGGACAGAACUAUUGUCCCCGGUUUUGACAUACCAGCAGCUUCACUGCAGUCGUUUAUUGGCCUAACCAUUAUUAUUUUCAUACCCAUUUACGACCGCAUUUUCGUUCCAACAGCAAGAGCUUUCACCAGAGAACCCUCUGGCAUUACAAUGCUUCAAAGAAUAGGAACUGGGAUUUUUUUCUCUAUCAUCUCUAUGGUCGUUGCAGCUUUAGUUGAGAUAAAAAGGCUCCAAACUGCCGAAGAUUAUGAUCUGGUUGAUCUGCCAAGUGCCACAAUUCCAAUGAGUAUUUGGUGGUUAGUUCCUCAGUACUUGUUGUAUGGACUUGCCGAUGUUUUCACCAUGGUUGGUAUGCAAGAGUUCUUCUACGAUCAGGUACCAAAUGAAUUAAGAAGCGUAGGACUUGCCCUCUACCUCAGUAUUAUUGGGGUGGGAAGCUUUCUGAGCAGCUUUCUUAUUUCAAUUAUUGAGGAUGCAACCAGUGCUGCUGGGCAAACUAGCUGGUUUUCGGAUAACCUUAAUACUGCACAUCUUGAUUACUUUUAUUGGUUACUAGCUGCACUCAGUGCAGUAGGAUUGGCGGUCUACAUUUAUUUUGCAAAAUCUUACAUUUAUAAUAUCGACGGCGCCGUUGACUUCCACGGCCAUCCCGUCCGCAGAUCCACCUCAGGCGGCUGGCGUGCCGCAUCCUUCAUAAUAUGGGUGGAGGUUGCCGAGAGGGUUGCCUACUAUGGAAUCAGCUCCAACCUCAUAUCAUUUCUCACCGGACCUUUGGGACAGUCCGUCGCCACGGCCGCCCAGAAUGUCAACAUAUGGUCCGGAACGGCGUCGUUGCUUCCUCUCUUGGGAGCCUUCGUCGCUGAUUCUUUUCUCGGUCGUUACCGCACCAUUCUUGCCGCUUCUCUCGUCUACAUCUUGGGUCUUGGAUUGCUGACUGUGUCGGCCGUGCUUCCUUCUUCUGAGCUUCAAGUGUUAAUGUUCUUUUUCUGUCUGUAUUUAGUAGCAGUUGGGCAAGGUGGACACAAACCUUGUGUUCAAGCUUUUGGAGCAGAUCAAUUUGAUAGAAACUAUCCAGACGAGAGCAAAGCGAAAAGCUCAUUCUUCAAUUGGUGGUAUUUUGGUAUAUGUGCAGGCCCCUUACUUACACUUGCAGUAUUAGACUACAUACAGGAUAAUCUUAGUUGGGGUCUGGGUUUCGGUCUUCCUUGUGUUGUGAUGGUCUUUGCACUGCUUAUUUUCCUUUCUGGGACUAGAAAAUACCGGUUUAGUAUCAAGGGGGAGGAGGAAAAUGCAUUUGGGAGAAUUGGCAAGGUGUUUGCUACUGCAUUGAGGAAUCGGCGAACUACUUCUUUAGCAAUAGCUUUAGAAGAGGAAUCCCGCGGAACCUUGCCUCACCACAGUUCUGAACAAUUCAAAUUCCUCAACAAAGCCUUGGUUGCACCAGAUGAUUUGAAGGAAAAGGGGAAGCUGUGUACCAUCACUGAGGUUGAAGAAGCAAAAGCAGUUCUUAGGUUGUUUCCGAUUUGGAUUACAUGCUUGGUAUAUGCUAUUGUGUUUGCACAGUUCUCGACUUUCUUCACUAAGCAAGGUGCCACCAUGGACCGAACAUUUGUGCCAGGUUUUGACAUACCAGCUGCUGCACUGCAGUCAUUUAUAAGCCUUGUCAUUAUUGUAUUCAUUCCGAUUUAUGAUCGUAUUUUUGUGCCAAUAGCAAGAUCAUUCACCAGGGAACCCUCUGGCAUUACAAUGCUACAAAGAAUAGGAACCGGCAUGUUUCUAUCUAUUAUUUGCAUGAUAGUUGCAGCUUUAGUUGAGAUACAAAGGCUCAAAACUGCCAAAGAUUAUAAUCUGGUUGAUAAGCCAAGUGCCACAGUCCCACUGAGUGUUUGGUGGUUAGUUCCUCAAUAUUUGUUAAUCGGACUGGCCGAUGUUUUCACCAUGGUUGGUCUGCAAGAGUUCUUCUACGAUCAGGUACCAAAAGAUUUAAGAAGUAUAGGACUUGCCCUUUACAUCAGUAUAUUUGGUGUGGGAAGCUUUCUGAGCAGCUUUCUUAUAUCUGUUAUUGAAGAAGCAACCAGUUGGGCAGGCCACACUAGCUGGUUUUCCAAUAACCUUAAUCGUGCACAUCUUGAUUACUUUUAUUGGUUACUUGCUGUACUCAGUGCAGUACAGUUCGCCAUCUACAUGUGUAUCGCAAAAUCUUACUUUUAUAAUAGGGUUUCUACGGUGUAAGAUGUAAUAUUCCGAGCAAAUACAGUGUGCCAGUGUCACUAUCCAAAAGGUGAAGCUGUAAUCCUGUAAAUCAAUUACGUAGUAUUCUGUUUGUUCAUGAAGUAUAGUGAGAAAUGGUAGAGGACAUGAUCUUUGUGUUAGGUUGUUUUCUGUUGUACGUUAAUUUUGUUUUUC